GGGCUGGCGGCGGAGGCGCUGGCGGCGAUGGCCAGGCGGGGCCUCUGCCGCGACGAGGUGGCAGAGUUCUUUGCGUCGUGGGCGCCGCCCGCGGGCGGCCAGAUGCUCGUGAUCGGCUGCGCGGGAGGUGAGAGCAUGACGAACAAUCCGACGCAGGCGCUUAUCGACGCGGGCCUGGGGGGGCUGUUCAUCGACGCGAGGAAGCGCCACAUCGCCCGAGCGCGGCGGAAGUUUGGAGGUCCGCACAGGAUGAUCAUCAACGCCACUGUCACUCCCUCUGUGCUGCCGGGCAUGCUGCAGCAGCAUUCACGGUUCGUUCAGCAGACCGAAGUGGUGCAGGUUGACGUGGACAGCUUCGACGGACCUCUCUUGAUGCAGCUUCUUGAGGUUGUGUCUCCCUCCGUCAUCGUGGUGGAGGUCCGUCACGUUCUUCCGUUCCCAUUCCGUUAUGCUUGCGUCGAGUGCAAAUUCGAUGAGGUCGUCGCCCACCGGAAUCUUUGGGGAGCCACGCUUGGCUACUGGGUGCACGAGCUGGAACGCCGCGGCUAUGAGGUCGGGGCGAUGGACCAGCUGGACGCCCUCUUCGUCCGGCGCGGCUCGACCCGCCCGCACCAGGACAGGCGGGAGCUCUUCCUGGCCACGAUGGCCUGCUACCUGCGGAACAGGCUGAUCGUCCGGCGCCCGAGGGACCUGUUCGUGCCCGGGGGCAAACCCGUGGAGCCCACCCGUGCGAACCUGGAGGCGAUCAGGGCGAACCUCACGCGAAUCCACAGCGGCUUUCGUUUCGCCCUCUCGCUGUGA